UGUUUUUGGUCCCAUGUCUGUCAUGUGAUAUUCAUUGCCUCGAGAAAAACUUUUGCGAUCGUGCCUUGCUUUAUAAUUUCCAUUCCAUUCGACUUAAUUUCCUAGCUAGACUUUAAAAUGGUUGUUCCCGACUAUGUGCCUCCCCUAGUUAUCACCUGCAUUUGGGGAUUCAUUGGCAUCAUCUGUCCCUUCUUUGCUCGUGGCCCAAACAAAGGAGUGACUCAAUGCUGCCUUAUGCUGACGGCAACAACAUGUUGGCUGUUUUGGCUGUGCUGUUACAUGACGCAGCUGAACCCUCUGAUUGGGCCUAAAUUGACCAUGAAUGAAAUCAUGAUCAUGGCCCGCGAGUGGGGCAAUGAGAUCAAAGACACCAUGGAUGUCGUUGUGUAAAAUAAUUAUUUCACACAUGUUUUGUUAUUACAUUUUAUGUUCUUGCAUUCUUUAUUAUUAAUUUCGUUCAAAUCAUACAAUAAAAGGUAUUAUCAAAGUA